AUCACGCCACCGCACUCCAGCCUGCGUGACAGAGACUCCAUCUCAAAACAAGAAAAGGAUCAGAAGUGGUCCCUGAGCUCUAGGAGAGGAGCAAGGCCUGGGAAGAGCAUGAGGUUGGAAUCCCGGGCAAGUUACCCAGCCUCUCUGAGCCUCAGUCUCUUCAUCUGUCAGGUGAGGUUAAUGAUACCUUGGCGGGGAAGGAAUGAAUGGGAUUGUGUGAACAGGUCCGUGAGGGGGGCUCAGCACUUGUUGGUUCCCUUCUAAGGAGUGAUGACAAAUAGAAAAGCAGGACCUGAAUAGCUCACUCAAACCUGGAGGAGUUCACAUAAAAUGAAAUGACACAAGCAUUGAAAUAAUUGUCUUACAAGAGAAAAUUAUAGGUGGGAAAAGUCAAAACUGAAAAGUGAACAGUAGCAGACUGUCGAGAAGUUGAGGAAAGAAGUGUUGAAGCCGACUGUAAAGUGGGAAGCAAAGGUGAAGAGACGGUACCAAGUGAUGUGAGUUGGAAGCCGCGGAGUGCGGUGCUGAUUUUGCUAAGCAUCCAGAGGAUGAGAAGCCAAAAGCACAUGUUCUGCCAGGGCCUGGACGGUGGAGUGCAAGUCCAUGUAAGACUCAGGAGGAAAAGAGGUAGAACAUGGAAACCACUGGCAUCAAAGGAGGCUCAGCAGAGUCAUGGGAGGGAAAAUGGGGAGGGCAAAGGGGAAUUAAAGACGGGCAGGGAGAGCUUCCAGCACCUGUGACGGGCACAGGAGGAGCGCUCGAUUAAAUGGCGCCCAGCCAUCUUGUGAAGGGCUUAGGUCUGAGAUCGAAAACUGCGACAUAAACCUUUAGUUCUGAGGGACCAGUUUCUGGGGCUAUUGACCAGCAGAGGAGAGGGAGAUAAAGCCAGUAGGUGAGAGACGAGCUUGGAGGAGGUGACUGCUAUUGCAGAUAGAAUUGGUGGAGAGGCCCCCGGGAAGAUGAAUCCUCGGGUCACAGGCGGGCACUCCGCAAUGGAGAUGGAGCAUAGCAUUUGGAAAGAGAUUUCAGGAUGAUGAACAUAGCCUCAGACUUCUUGCUUCCCACAAAUGCAGAGACCCUUCCAUCCCUGAGCCCCCACCCAAAAUAGUAUUCAGGUGGAAGCUGUCAACCCAGAUUGGGUCAGUUGACAGGUGAGUCUGCCUGUCAGUGCCAGUCACACUUCUUUACCUUCAAGACUUCAAAGUAAAUUCCAGUUUGGAAGUGACAGCUUUUCCCCAUGGGGCGUGUUUCAGUGGAAGAGCGUCAGUUCCGUUUCCAGGGCCCCAAAGCCCUCCGUAAGCUCUGUUACCUUCUGGGUCAGUUCCCAUGGAUAAAAGGCUUAGCCAUGCAGGAAUGUGCUCUGGCUGCUGUGAGGUUUGCAGAUCAGUCUCAUGGACCUGUGCCCUGCCCACGGCCUCAGAACAAGUUCCUGUGAGAGGAGACCCAGCAGUGGGCAAGACUGCCCUGGCGCAGAUCUUCCGCAGUGACGGAGCCCAUUUCCAGAAGAGCUACACCCUGACAACAGGAAUGGAUUUGGUGGUGAAGACAGUGCCAGUUCCUGACACGGGAGACAGUGUGGAACUCUUCAUUUUCGACUCUGCUGGCAAGGAGCUGUUUUCGGAAAUGCUGGAUACAUUGUGGGAGAGUCCCAAUGUCUUAUGUCUCGUCUAUGAUGUGACCAGUGAACAGUCCUUCAACAACUGCAGCAAGUGGCUGGAGAAGGCUCGGCUCCAGGCUCCAGGCCUCUCUCUCCCAGGUGUUUUAGUUGGGAACAAGACAGACCUGGUCGGCAGGCGAGCAGUGGACUCAGCUGAGGCCCGGGCAUGGGCGCUGGGCCAAGGCCUGGAAUGUUUCGAAACAUCCGUGAAGGAGAUGGAAAACUUCGAAGCCCCUUUCCACUGCCUGGCCAAGCAGUUCCACCAGCUGUACCGGGAGAAGGUGGAGGUUUUCCGGGUGCUGGCGUGAACAGCUGGAGCAGAUCGUGCUGCACAACUGGAGAAGACAGAAUGACCUCUGCACUUUUAAUGUAUAAUGAUGGCUUUAAAUAAAAUGAGGAGAAAAUGUCGAA